UCAAAAAUCGAUUCGAUGUACAAUACUUCAAUUGUGAGGAUUUGACAACUGCUUGUAAAUAGCAUUUGAUAUUCUUUUUGCAGUCAAUAUAUAGUGUGUUUAAAUUUUAAAUUAUUAGCGUCAUCCCUAUAUAAUUUGGGUUUUAAAAAGAAUAUAGCAAGGGACGAACAAUAUCUACAAAUGCAUAGAAACUAACGCCAAACAACAAAUUUCGGCAAUCAAAUCUAUUGUAAAGAAGAGAAAAUAGCACUGAUGAUUGGCUCCGGGUUCUUACGGUUCUUGCUGAGCAUGUUAGCUAUACCAUUCUACGAUGAGGAUGAAACUGGUUUAAUAAUUGGAAUAGACCUGGGAACAACGUAUUCAUGUGUUGGUGUUUUCAAAGAUGGACAAGUUGUAAUCAUCCCAAACGAACAAGGAAAUCUAAUAACUCCAUCUUACGUUGCUUUCAACACCAACGGCGAACGAUUAAUUGGGGAUUCCGCAAAAAUGCAAGUUACAUCCAACCCAAAUAACACCAUUUUUGACGUCAAACGAUUUAUUGGGCGGGAUUGGGAAGAUCUACUAGUUCAAAAUUAUAUAAAGUAUUACCCAUUUAAGAUCAUAAAAAAGAACAACAAGCCAUAUGUCCAGGUUUCAAUUGGUAAAAAAGAAAGAGUGUUUGCCCCAGAAGAAAUAUCGGCCAUGGUGUUAGGCAAAAUGAAAGAAUUAGCCGAAGAUUACUUACAAACCGAUGUUAAUAAGGCAGUUAUCACUGUCCCAGCCUACUUUAACCAUGCUCAACGUCAAGCCACAAUAGAUGCCGCAACGAUAGCAGGCUUAGAUGUCCAACGACUAAUAAAAAAACCAACAGCGGCUGCCAUUGCUUACGGGUUACACAAAGACGAUGGAGAAAAGACUGUGCUGGUAUUUAGUUUAGGAGGAAGUAACGUUGAUGUUUCUUUGUUGACAAUUGAGAAAGAGUUGAUAGAAGUGGUAGCUACCAGCGGUAAAACUCACCUAGGAGGAGAAGAUUUUGAUAAACGAGUUAUGAAUUACUUGAUUGAAAAGCAUAGGAAAAAUACCGGCAUAAAUAUCAGAUAUAAUACUCACGCCAUGCAAAAGUUACGACGAGAGGUAGAGAGGGCCAAAAGAACACUUUCCUACCAACAUGAAACAAGAAUAGAAAUCGAAGCCGUUGAAAACAGAGAAGUCUCCUCAUACACACUUACCAGAGCCAUGUUUGAGAAACUUAACAUGGAUUUGUUUCAAUCAACUUUACACCCUAUAAAACUGGUUUUAAGAGAUAGUUGGAUGAAUGUAUCUGACGUUGAUGAACUCAUUCUAGUAGGAGGAUCCACCCGCAUUCCCAAAAUACAGCAGCUUGUCCAAGAGUUCUUUGAUGGAAAGGAACCACGUCAUGAUUUUAAACUAGAUGAGUCAGUAGCAUAUGGGGCGGCGGUGCAGGGGGCGUUACUAAGUGGGGAUGACAAAGUCAGUUACGUACAAGUAAUAGAUGUUACUCCCAUAACUUUGGGGAUAAAAACAGAGGAUGGGACCAUGAAAACAAUUUUUCCACGCAAUUCGGUGAUUCCUAACAUAAAAUAUGACACAUAUCAGACGAAGGCCGACUAUCAGACAUCUGGUGUUAUUGAGGUAUACGAAGGAGAAAUGUCUUUGGCGAAAGAAAACCAACUCCUGGGAACAUUUACUAUGACCGACCUUCGUUCGUUUCCAAAAAUGGUGGUCAUGAUGAACGUUACAUUCAGAAUUGAUGCUAACGGUAUUUUCACCAUGACACCAAUACACAAAUUUGAAAAGACUAGGAUCAAAAUUAAAAUCGAUAGGAAAAGGAUUUCUCAAGAGAAAAUUUACAGAAUGAUAAAAGACGCAGAAACAUUUGCCAGCGAAGACAAACGACUGAAAAAAAUAGCUGAUGCGAAAAACGAUCUUGAAUAUUUCUCUUAUUCACUAAAAUUUCAGAUAAGUGGUAAGGGACAGUUGAAUGAAAAAUUAAGUGAAGAUGACAAGAAAGUAAUCCAAGAGGCUGUGGAAUCCACGAUUGGCUGGAUUGAAUCCAAUCCUGAUGCCAAUCUUGAUGAUUUCGUAGGUAUGAAAUUCAAAUUGCAAAACACAGUUCAACCAAUCAUCAACAGACAUUACCAGGAAAGCAUAGAUUCUAAAUCAAAAGACCAAAUGGAGCUGUGAUAGGCAAUUUGAUGAGUGUCGUUGACACGUUUCUUUAUCAAUACUAGUAUACAAUUCUGGACAACUCAGUAUUUUAUAGAAGUAUUCGGUCGCCAUAUUAGUUCGAUCGCUUAUCUAUCGUUUAUUUUAAAGAUUUGAGCUAAAUUUUGUGGUAAUAUGACUUGAAAAAUAAAAUAAAUGAUACAAUAAAUAAAAGAAAUAAGAGGGGCGGUCCUCAGUAUAUUCUUUGAAAGAACUUCCAAGAUAUCUGCAUUAUCAUGCACAGAUAGUGCUGUCUUACUACGCGUGCAUAUCAACUCGUGUGUCGUUUAUACAAAUGCACAUCAUCUUGCAAUUAUUAUUGUAGGCACAGUUACUACUAUGACAUAAUAAAUAAGCAAGAGUAAACUCAAGUAACUAACAACGGAUAGACGUUUUGAUCAGUUUGUUGAAAAAUAACCACUCCGUGUUUUUUUAAGUCUAUGCUAUCAUUGUACCAUCUACAAUGUAUGGUUUGCGCAUGUCCGAUGAUAUAACAGUACGACACAGGGAAACGGUCUAUAAUGGUCGAGGAUUUUCGAGACAUAUGUGCCUGGAUUUCAAUCCGUUUUGUUUCGUCUUAAAGUUUGAUUGGACAUUCAUAACCUUACAUGGAAUACUAGUAGUUGUCUUUUAUUUUUUCAAAAUGCAUUUCUACAAAUCCUUUCAUCCAAUAACACGUGUUCCUUUGAAUAUAAUACCUAAUAAUGAAUGAUGA